AUGGCGCCUUCAAAUGCGAUUCGAUCCGAGAAGGAGAAGAAAGUCCGGGCAAUCCUUGCCUUUGCGGACAGUAUAUCAGAACGCCUAUCCCACGCCAACGGCACAGAUCCUAUCCUCCUCGCCGAGCUCCACAGUCACAUCAACGCGCUCCCCAUCACCGCGUCAAAACGCGAAGAGCUAGACGCGAAGGGCACAGAGCUCUGGAACCUCUCUACGCGCCUCAGACGCGACAGCAGCACGACAGCUCCGGCCUUGCUAUGCGCCCUACGCGUCUUCGCGUUGCUGCUCCUCAUCAGUGGACAGCGCGGCCAUGCCGGAACGGCGCAUGGAUGUGUCAGGCUGCUGAAGGUCGCGCUCAAGGCGGCGAAGUUUUGCAUACAGCAGGAUCAACUCGACUUGGCUACGAAGGGUUUGGAGCUUGCGGCGGAGUGUAUGGAUGAGCUUGCGAAGCAUGAUUUAGAGGAGGAGGAUGGCGAGGUGCAGAAGCGGCUGAAGGCGGAGUACUUCGUGCUGCGGACCGCGCUGGCCUGGAAGCAGUCACGACUCGACCUCGCAGAGCACCUGUUCUCGCAAGCCGAGCUUGCAGACAACCGCCUCGGACCAUCCACAGCUGAGAGCCUCGCAGAUCUUCUGUAUGAGAUUGGCAAAGACCUACUCCACAAGAAGCAGCUAGAGAGCGCCGUGCGAUGGCUGGAAAGAUCACUCGAUGUUAUCGGCGAACAAGAUCUGGAGAGGCUCAGCCCGGAUGCUGAAGAGCUGCGGCUGGGCAUUAUGCAUGGACUCGUGAGAGCGCUUAUUGGGCAGCGAAACGAGGCGGCACGCAAGAGGGCUGCGGAUCUGGUUGGGCUGCUGGAGACGGAUUAUGGAGAUAAGAUGGCGGUGGCGUUGUUGAAGCUGGAUCUGUUGGCUUCGGGGCCAGAGUAUGAGGCGGCGGAGUACUACCAUGUGCUUUUCCGCAUGGUACGGUCCCUCGUCCUAACUCCAUCGAAUUUCAGAACAAUACUUCAUCACGUUCACAAACUCAAAACUCAGAGUGCAGCAAUGGCAGCAAAGCUCAUGGGCGAUCUCCUGUUCCGGUUGUUGGAGACCGAAAACCAUGAGUGGAUUGAAAAAGCAGCGAUAACGUCUCUCUGGCUGAGAUUAUCCUCGCCGAACAGUGAAAACGGAGAGACCCUUGCAUAUGUACAAGACACCUUGGAUAAUCUUGUCCACAGCAUCAAGCGUCCGUUGACCGUGCAAGCAACGCAUGCCGCUCAAACCCUGCUGUGGAAACGCAUCGAAGCUGCAUACACGCAGGAGCAUUACGAGAUUGCAGAAUCCUGGUGUAGGCUUGCCAUGCACCGAGUCUUCGAGAAGUCAGGAGAGUUGAAUAGAUCAAAGAUUGCUAGAAAGAUUAUCCUGUGCGCAUUAGCAAGACAGGAUCCCCCGAACGCAAGGGGAGCGUUCUUCCAAAUGUCGGAUACGGGCAAAGCUGCACCGAUGACGCGCUACCUGAUGUACAAGGUCGCGAUGCGGGAAGGCGAUGCGGAUUUUGCGGCCGAGUGUCUGGACUUGGUAAGCAGACACUCCUCCAAGGACGCUACGCUGCUGUACGCUUGUGUGCUCGAGGCACAGCAACACGGUAACCGGCGGCAAGCUGUUCUUGCGCUUCAGAAAGUGCUGGAUAAGUACGAGUACGCUGCACCUCAAGGGGUGCACCUUCCGGCGCUCUUGAGAUGCGCUGCAAGACUGCUAAUGACUGAAUUUGUCGAUAAUGGCAUGCCGGAGAACCUCGGCAACGAACUCUGCAAAAUCUUCGAAGGGGCCGCUACGCAGGCAAGCAAGUCGAAGCGCGGCGCAAGUACAAGCAAGAGUCUUGAGUUUACGGCGGCAGAGCUAGAUUGGUUUUCCCGGAACAGCUACAACCUGUCGCUGAAGCACUGCACAGAGCUCCACCCAGAACAUCUCGCACGGCUCCUGGCCGUCUGCAUCCAUUUCGUCGAGCUCAGGCAGAAAGAGUCUUCGGUGGCAGAAGACAACGAUCUCAACCUGCGCCGCGUGUUCUGCCACUUCCUAGCCGCAUGCGCUCAUGUCACCAUCGCCAGGGCCGAAGACAACAUCGAAACAUCCCUCAACCAUUACCUCUCCGUCCGCAAACACUGUCAGAGCUUCCGCGUCUCCCUUCCAGAGCUUUUAAAAUCAGAAAAAAAACUCGCAGCAUCCACCCCAGACGACCUCACCGCAAAACAUUCCGCCCUCCUAAAAUUCGAGCUGGAAGCCGCGCUAAAGCUCGAGGCAUGGGAUGACAUGGAUGCGCUCUUCGACGCCUGCUGGACGUACCCGGAUCCGCGCCGCCUGGACACGCUCGCAGACCUCGUGCUCGUCAUCCACGGUGCUAUGACCAAAGCCGCGCUGGAUGAGAGCUACAGGACCAAACCCCUAGCCGUGCUGCAGAAAAUCAUUAAUCUCUCGCUCCGCGGUAGCGGGACCAACACCAGCAGCAGCAGCAAGGACAAGGACAACGACAGCAUCACAAAGCUAGCACGCUGGCUCCGCGUCCUCUUCCAGCUGUCCCUAACCUCCACGGACGACGACAAGACCGCGCUCCGCUGUCUGGACCAAGCGUCUACUCUCGCGGCACAGCGUCAUGCUUCGGCAGUCCCGUAUCCGCAGGAGGAACUUGAGUGGCUGGCCGCGACCGCGUUCAAUAGGGCGGUCGAUUUUUAUUGCGUCGACGAUGAUGUGCGCUGUAGGCUGUGGGCGGAAAAGGCGCUGAAUCUGGCGGAGAAUGCGGGAGAUCGGGGCGCGUUGAGGGGGGUAUUGAUGGAGAAGUAUAAGGGGCUAGCGUUCGAGAAAUAG